GAAUUUAACACUCUGCAGACGGUCCUUUCAGUCAGAGUUGCCCUGGAACCUACACGCGCAGGACCCUCCGCAAACCACCCACAAUGGAUCUCAGACUGCUCGCGAUAAUGGCUUUGCUGACGUUGGCGAUGCACACACACGUAUCGGACGCGAAACCCAUCAGCCUGGUGGAGCGGUGCAGGUGCCGCACCACGGUGAACAACGUCCCUCAGAGGAGCAUCCGCAAGCUGCACUUCCUCCACUCGCCCAACUGCUCCUUCCAGGUUAUUGCCCGGCUGAAGAGCAACCGGGAGGUGUGCAUUAACACCGAGACCAAGUGGCUGCAGCAGUACCUAAAGAACGCCCUGAACAAAAUGAAAGCCAAGAGACAGACCCAGUAAGACCAAGCCCAGCAGGACCGCCCUCUGAACCCACUGCACAGACCCGUCUCUCUGGACCGCUUCCCGCCAACCCAGCACUUACCUGUCUCACCUGGACUCACCUGCAGCCCACCCGCCGCACACCUCUACACACACUCUCUCUUCUGUUAGCGCAAAGUGCAAUUAUGUGUGUGAGCUUCAGUCUGUACAUCUGAUGUAUAUAAAGUUUUAUCUCUUUUCUUUUUGUACUUAAAAAAAAAAAAAGCUUAAAGAUUUCGGAUUGAACGCAGGGCUGUGAUUUUCCCUGAUUAAUCAGAUUUUCAGAAACCACCCAGAAUAAUUUCUGGAGCCACUAUAGUUGUUGGCUUUAUUGCUGAACAUUCUCUACUGCCAUCAGUGAGCAGAGAGUAUAAACGCAUCGCAUUACUUUCACUUAGCAGACACUGCUAUCCACACUGGACUACAGACAUGGAGAUCAUCAGUGUCCAUCUCAGGAACAGCCAGAAAGGCACAGGAAGGCCUGGACGUUUGGGCUUAUGGCACACCCAGGUCCCCUGCCUCUGGCUGACAAAUCUAUGAUCUGAUCCGAUUCUGUCAUUGCCUGAUUAAUCAAGGAAAAAUCACGUCCCUGCUAAUGAAGUGGGAGGGACUAGCAGGCUGGACUCUGACCAAUCAGACAGGCCUGUUGAACAGGAGGAGGGGGGGGGAGGGGGGUGCGGACGUGUUGCCUUGCUGUCCGGCGUUUCUGAGUCUUUACCCCGGCGGUGUGGCUCACGUCUCACAGCAGUUUUGUGAAUGAAAAAGGCCCAAACAGACCCUCACCGCCAUCACUGUGUUCAAUCUCCAUUUUAAAAAAGUCUAUGUAUCGAGCCAUGUGCUGUGUCUCAAAUAUAUUUUUAUUAAAAAAAAAAGGACCACGGAGAAA